AUGAAGAAGUGUACCAUUUUAGUUGUAGCGUCACUUUUAUUAGUUAAUUCUCUACUUCCAGGAUAUGGACAAAAUAAAAGCAUCCAAGCCCAAAGGAACUUAAACGAGCUAUGUUACAAUGAAGGAAAUGAUAAUAAAUUGUAUCACGUGCUUAACUCUAAGAAUGGAAAAAUAUACAAUCGAAAUACAGUCAACAGAUUACUUGCCGAUGCUCCCGAAGGAAAAAAAAAUGAGAAAAAAAACGAAAAAAUAGAGCGUAAUAAUAAAUUGAAACAACCACCACCACCACCAAACCCAAAUGACCCACCACCACCAAACCCAAAUGACCCACCACCACCAAACCCAAAUGACCCACCACCACCAAACCCAAAUGACCCACCACCACCAAACGCAAAUGACCCACCACCACCAAACGCAAAUGACCCAGCACCACCAAACGCAAAUGACCCAGCACCACCAAACGCAAAUGACCCAGCACCACCAAACGCAAAUGACCCAGCACCACCAAACGCAAAUGACCCACCACCACCAAACCCAAAUGACCCAGCACCACCAAACGCAAAUGACCCACCACCACCAAACCCAAAUGACCCAGCACCACCACAAGGAAAUAACAAUCCACAACCACAGCCACGGCCGCAGCCACAACCACAGCCACAGCCACAACCACAGCCACAGCCACAACCACAGCCACGACCACAGCCACAACCACAGCCAGGUGGUAAUAACAAUAACAAAAAUAAUAAUAAUGACGAUUCUUAUAUCCCAAGCGCGGAAAAAAUACUAGAAUUUGUUAAACAGAUCAGGGAUAGUAUCACAGAGGAAUGGUCUCAAUGUAACGUAACAUGUGGUUCUGGUAUAAGAGUUAGAAAACGAAAAGGUUCAAAUAAGAAAGCAGAAGAUUUGACCUUAGAAGAUAUUGAUACUGAAAUUUGUAAAAUGGAUAAAUGUUCAAGUAUAUUUAAUAUUGUAAGCAAUUCAUUAGGAUUUGUAAUAUUAUUAGUAUUAGUAUUCUUUAAUUAA